GCAGUAGUGGUGAGGACUCCGCCAUCGGGGGGGGAAGGAUCAGAGACUCUUCGGCUGGCAACCCUCGCACGUUUCCGACGUUUUUAACAGCAAGUUGAUCCUCAAAUACUGUUUUUAUCAACUGACUCGCUCUCUUGUUUUAGCUACUACGGAUGAAUUUGUUUGACUGCUCGGUUUAUACCCUUAUUUCCCAAGCGCGUAGUUUUUUUUUAACCAAUAUCUAGAAGUAACGGUCAGCGGAGAACCUGAGCAGGCUAGCUAACGUUAGCUAGCGACCUGGCUAGCUGCACACAAACUGAGCGCUGCUCAGUGGUGGGGUGCGGUGGGGGGGCGAUUUGCCUACAGUGGCGUUUGAUGGAUCCGAGAAUCGCGUGGUUUCAACCAGAACAACGGGGACCCGCUAACAACCUGUGGGUGCAGAUCUGGGAGACGACGCAGGGGUUCGGGUAUUUGCAUGUCAAUAGCAGCUACUCUACGGGAUCUCAGAGCACUCUGAGCCUGAAAUCGAUCGUCAACAACGGGGCGUCAGGAGCUGUCCUCACUUGCAGAAACGGGACGCUCGACUCGCACCACGGUGGUGGAGACGUGAAGACUCAGGGGAUGUCUACCUCAGCGGGGGAUGGAGAAAUGAUGGAGCAGCGGGACUUUAUACCACUGGACACCAACAGCAAUCACAACAACCGAGCCGCGGGCAGGGGCAUUGUCGGUGGAGGGCGGCAGCAGGGCAGUGGGGUUGCUGUUCUUCAUAGGGGACUCACGGACGGACAACGCAUCAAAAGAAAGAGAGACAAUAAAGCUAGCACUUUCGGAUUCAAUCCCAGUCUCUCGAACAAUGGUUGCGACUCUAACACGAAAAGAUAUGAAGGUUACACGGGCACGCCUUGGAAAGUCAGGAACUACUCUGAAGGAGUUGUGGGCUUGCACGAGGAAAUCAAGGAUUUUUACGAGUACAUCUCCCCACGGCCAGAGGAGAAAAAAAUGAGAUUAGAGGUUGUGGACAGGAUAAAAGGAGUCAUCCAGGACCUGUGGCCCAGUGCUGAGGUCCAAGUGUUUGGGAGUUUUAGCACGGGUCUUUAUCUGCCAACAAGUGACAUUGAUCUGGUAGUUUUUGGAAAGUGGGAGACUCUCCCUCUCUGGACUCUGGAAGAAGCUCUGCGAAAAAGAAAUGUUGCAGACGAGAACUCCAUCAAAGUUUUGGAUAAAGCAUCGGUUCCCAUCAUCAAACUUACCGACUCCUUUACUGAGGUCAAAGUGGACAUCAGUUUCAAUGUGAACGGGGGUGUUAGAGCUGCUCAACUCAUCAAGGAUUUUAAGGAGAAAUAUCCUGUUCUGCCUUACCUGGUCCUCGUGCUGAAGCAGUUUCUUCUUCAGAGGGACCUCAAUGAGGUUUUUACGGGUGGAAUUGGCUCCUACAGUCUCUUCCUCAUGGCUGUUAGCUUCCUUCAGCUUCAUAACAGGGAUGUUUCCAGCCCCAACAUAAAUAUCGGUGUUCUGCUAAUUGAAUUCUUUGAGCUCUAUGGUCGCAACUUUAACUAUCUGAAGACAGGCAUCAGGAUAACAGAUGGCGGUUGCUAUGUUGCCAAAGAUGAGGUUCAGAAAAACAUGAUGGAUGGAUACAGACCCUCUAUGCUCUACAUUGAGGAUCCUCUGCAGCCAGACAACGAUGUUGGCAGGAGCUCAUAUGGUGCCAUGCAGGUGAAGCAGGCGUUUGAUUAUGCCUACGUUGUGCUCGGCCAUGCUGUGUCCCGCAUCGCCAAGCAGUACCCCAACAAUGAGAACGAGAGUAUACUUGGUCGGAUAAUCCGUGUGACUCAGGAAGUGGAUGAGUACAGGGAAUGGAUCCAAAAGAACUGGGACAGCCCGUCUCAGAAUGAUCGUUCUCUCAACAGAAACGACGUCAAAUUACUUGAUUCCAAACAGCUUGACGAGUGCAACAACAAUGUUCCAGAUGAUGAAGAUGUUUUGGUUCUGCCCUCAGCUCCCCACAGCAAAUCCUCUUCCAACACCUCUUCUCCACUCCCAUCUCUGGGUUCAUCUCCUUCCUCCCUGCUAUCGCCAUCUUCCACAUCCUCCAGCGAUGCGGACUCUGAUGGUACACCAUGUAAGACAGUCAAGCAACAGCCUGUCCGAAACUCUGGUACUCAUAGAGAAAAGUCUACCGUGGUCAGUAAUCACCGCAUACAGAACCACUUUACCAGCACUCCACCUGCAAGCAACAAAGGAGGAAAGGCCAGGAUGUCUCGUUCCAGCAAUAAGAGUGGCCACCACGGGCAGCAGAACUCCUCUUUCAGCUCCAAAAGUCAACAAAGCAACAAGCCACACCACCAAGGGAACAGCAAGAAGAGGAAAAACGUACGGGACUCUACUCAAGAGGAUCUUUGCAGAUAGGGGUCUGUCUGCUCAUCCAUGUCUUCACCCACAAUCCCCUCUAUCUCUGUCUGCAACUGACUCUCCUGUCCCACUUCUGCUGCCAGAGGGAGAAGUUGUCAUUAGUUUGAAAGCGCCUGCAGAAUCUGUCACCCAUUUUUAUGGUGGCAAGUAUUUUCUAGCAGAUAUAGGAAAAAAAAGUGUUAUUGAACAUAGGUUUAAUUUCUUGGAGCUGGUCACAAGUGGGCUCUCAAAAGCUUCUUUUACGGAGCAAUUUCCUUUCCCACAGCCAGUCUUUUGUGCCUCUUUCUGUUAAGAAUUACACAGGUUGGAUGUCUGGACUCUCCUCAGGACCAACAUCUGGAACUGCCGGCUGCCAUUGUCCAAUAAUAAUAAUAACAAUAAUAAUAAUAAAAAGAAAAAGAAAGCAAAAAUUUCAAAAUGUACAAAAGUAUAAUGCUGAGCAACAAACAUACACAGAUUUUCUUCUAUAGCUGGUCAUUUACAAAUCAAUCAGUAAGAGUGGGAAAUAACUUAUGCAUGAUAUUUUUCUGUCUGUUGCUUCUUCUGUUGGGUGGAUCUGUUUUGUUAUGUCUAAACCGAUUGUACAAAAAUUUGUACAAAAGCAAGCAUAUGCAAAAAAAAAUUAACACAAGUUUGUAUAACGUUUUUACAAGAUUUCUUGAUGGAAGUCACAAACAUCUUUUUCCUGCUGCUGUUUGGCUAAAGCCAAGAGAUGGUUUGGAUCCCAUUGCCAACGGAAAUCAUCAGCAUCCACUUUUGCUUCUGGUCCCUGUCUAUGAUUGUGCUACUGUGUUAAUAUUUAGCCUUGAGAGAUCCAGACUACGUCUUUACAGAUGACAGAAAGGAGCUCGGUCUCAUCUAGCUCAGUAGCACUACCACACCAGUGUAAAGGCUUUAAAAAUGCAAAUUUAAAUAUAUAUUUGUGGUGAUAAUGGUUUUAUGAAAAAUCCUACACUUGAAAUGUGUCAACAGUUAAACUAUGGGGGAAUAAUCAAAUUAUUUGGUAAUCUACCUACUAAAGAAUCGUUUGUAUUCGUUAAAUGUAUUUAUUUUUUUAUUAAUUAUAUGAACAUAGUAUGGAUAAAUGUAUUAAUAACAUUAGAGCCCAUAUCUACAAGUCCUAUAUUUGAAAUAGAACAUGUCAUGGGAUGGUGGGGUGGGGUAGGAACAAGCAUUUGGGUAUAGUACAACAUCACCUUUUAUUAUUUCUGCUACUACUUUUUUUAUUUCACUGACAUUUGAGUGACCAAUUUACCUUUGAUAAUUGAAGAGACCAUUUUACAAGUCAUAUAGUGAUACAUUUCUUUUAAUUUGUGAUUGGUCUAUCUAAACUAAAAGGGAGCUUUUUCGCCUUUUGUUUGUUGGUUUUUGUUGUCCAAACUUAUAAAAUGUUGAGGCUACAAACACUUUUCAAAAUGUCAAUUCCUUCUCCCGUUGCAGUACAACAAUUAAACUGUAGAUGGAGUUAUUGCUCCAAGUCUUAAUCUACGCUCCUUGGGCUUGUAUACUGCAGGUGAAUGGUUUAUUUAGUGAUAAUUGUUUUGUUAUUGGUUCUUUAAAUGUUCAUAUCCCCACUAAAUGGGCAGCUGCACACAGAAACACCCCUUUUAAGCUAAGUAUUGGCUUGGAGGGAGUGACACACCAAAGCACAGCUCAGUCUCUUUUUCUCUAGCCCUAAAAUGGUAAUUAAAAGCACAUACAAGUUCUCUUACUGCCCAUUCAAAUUGUAUUAAAAUGGUAAAACAUGGAUAGUUCCACCCCACCUCACCGACUGGUGUUGCAGUUGCGGUUAAAAUUCAGUGUAGAAGUGUCUCAGGGCUUUUGAUAGACAGAUCAGACCAGAUUUGAUGUGCCAUUUGAAUGUCCCUUCACCACCUCACUUUUCAGUUCAGAAAGGCUUUAAACCCAAGUGAACUCCUCUAAAAAAGGUUGUACCUCUGCAGCUAUUACAAUUCAUGCAAUAAAAUCAUUACCAUUA